AGGCUGCUGGGCGAGCCCCACCAGGUGGCCAGGCGGAGCCAAGGAUGCUGGCCUCUGCCGGGCAGCCCCGCCCGGGCCCCGGGCCGCCUCCGGCCUCGCCCUUCCCGCUGCUGCUGCUGGCGGUGCUGAGCGGCCCGGUGUCCGGCCGCGUCCCUCGCUCGGUGCCCAGGACAUCGCUUCCCAUCUCCGAGGCUGACUCUUAUCUCACUCGGUUCGCUGUCCCUCAGACAUACAAUUAUUCCGCUCUCCUUGUGGAUCCUGCUUCCCACACGCUUUAUGUUGGUGCCAGGGAUGCCAUCUUUGCCAUAUCCCUGCCCUUCUCCGAAGAGAAGCCACGCAAGAUUGACUGGACUGUUCCUGAAGCUCACAGGCAGAGUUGCAGGAAGAAAGGCAAGAAAGAGGGCGAAUGUCACAAUUUUGUCCAGAUUCUCGCCAUUGCCAAUGCUUCUCACCUCCUCACUUGUGGCACCUUCGCCUUUGAUCCGAAGUGCGGGGUUAUUGAUGUGUCCAGUUUCCAGCAGGUUGAAAGACUUGAGAGUGGCCGGGGGAAAUGUCCUUUUGAGCCAGCUCAGCGGUCAGCAGCUGUAAUGGCUGGGGGCGUCCUCUAUGCCGCCACUGUGAAAAACUACUUGGGGACUGAGCCGAUUAUCUCCCGGGCGGUGGGGCGCUCUGAGGACUGGAUUCGCACAGAGACCUUGCCGUCCUGGCUGAACGCCCCAGCCUUUGUUGCAGCCAUGGCUCUGAGCCCAGCCGAGAGGGGGGAUGAAGAUGGAGACGACGAAAUCUACUUCUUCUUUACGGAGACAUCUCGAGCGUUUGACUCCUACGAGCGCAUUAGGGUGCCACGGGUGGCCCGUGUGUGUGCGGGGGACCUCGGGGGUCGUAAGACCCUCCAGCAGAGGUGGACGACAUUUCUGAAAGCUGACCUGCUGUGUCCGGGACCUGAGCAUGGUCGAGCCUCUGAUGUCCUUCAGGACAUGGUUGUGCUUCGACCUGAACCUGGAGCGGGGACCCCUAUCUUUUAUGGCAUCUUUUCUUCACAGUGGGAGGGGGCUGCCAUCUCUGCUGUUUGUGCCUUCCUACCACAAGACAUUCGGACAGUAUUCAGCGGUCCCUUCAGAGAGCUGAAACAUGACUGCAACAGAGGACUACCUGUCAUGGACAAUGAUGUGCCUCAGCCUAGACCUGGAGAGUGCAUCACCAACAACAUGAAGCUCCAGCAGUUUGGUUCGUCUCUCUCGCUGCCUGACCGUGUGCUCACCUUCAUCCGGGACCACCCACUCAUGGACAAGCCAGUGAAUCCAGCUGACAGCCACCCCCUUCUGGUCACUACCGAAACAGUCUAUCUCAGAGUCGUGGCCCAUAGGGUAGCCAGCCUCUCAGGGAAGGAGUAUGAUGUGCUGUACUUGGGGACAGAGGAUGGACACCUGCACCGAACAGUGCGCAUUGGAGCCCAGCUCAGCGUCCUUGAGGAUCUGGCUUUAUUCCCAGAGCCUCAGCCAGUUGAGAACAUGAAAUUGUAUCAUGGCUGGCUCUUGGUUGGUUCCCGUACAGAGGUGACCCAAGUGAACACCACCAACUGUGGCCGUCUCCAGAGCUGCUCAGAAUGCAUCCUGGCCCAAGACCCUGUGUGUGCCUGGAGCCUCCGGCUGGAUGCAUGUGUGGCUCAUGCUGGGGAACACCAAGGGCUGGUCCAAGACAUGGAGUCAGCAGAUGUAGCUUCAUUGUGUCCCAAAGAACCAGGAGAACACCCAGUAGUGUUUGAAGUUCCUGUGGCUACAGCUGCACAUGUGAUCCUGCCAUGUUCCCCCAGCUCAGCAUGGGCUUCCUGUGUGUGGCACCAGCCCAGUGGAGUGACUGCAUUCGCACCCAGGGGGGAUGGGCUAGAGGUGGUGGUGACCCCUGGAGCCAUGGGCGCUUAUGCCUGUGAGUGUCAGGAGGGCGGGGCAGCUCGUGUAGUAGCAGCUUACAGCUUGGUAUGGGGCAACCAGCAGGGCCUUCCAAGCCAAGCCCAUACAGUGGGAGCUGGACUGGCUGGCUUCAUCCUGGGAGUUCUUGCAGCAUCCCUGACUCUUCUCCUGAUUGGUCGGCGUCAGCAGCGACGGCGACAGAGAGAACUUCUGGCUAGAGACAAGGUCGGCUUGGAUUUAGGGGCUCCAACAUCUGGGACCACGAGUUAUAGCCAAGACCCUCCUUCUCCUUCUCCUGAAGAUGAACGGCUGCCCUUGGCCCUGGCCAAAAGGGGUAGUGGCUUUGGUGGCUUCCCUCCACCUUUCCUGCUUGACCCUUGCCCAAGCCCAGCCCACAUUCGGCUAACGGGGGCUCCUCUAGCCACAUGUGAUGAGACAUCUAUCUAGAGUUGGGCAGAUGAUACUCACUGGCGCAGAGCAAUCACCGAGGUGUCAACAUCGUGGUCUCAGCUUCUUUCAGUCUGAGUGAUCACUUUGACUUCAGUGUCUACCCUUUCCAGACCUGGAUAGCCUUGGAUACAGGCUUUGCCUAGUUCUUGAUUCUCCUAGGGGAUUAGAACUGCUUUCUCUGCAGGGAAUCAGACCCUCUCUCCUCACCUCUGAGCCCCUGUGAUCCUUCAGCCCUGGUCUCUAUCUUGGGCCCAUUAGUCUUGGGGAUGGGGCACAGGACUUAGCUAUGACUUCACUUUCUGGCUGGCCCUGGCCAGAAGGAAGAGCCAUGGCAGGGUUGGGACUGAUGUACACUGCAUCCUUGGAGUGCUUCUGCUGAUCCUUCUAGUUUCUCUGAUUCUCCAUGGGGAGUGCAUGAUCCCCUGUUACCACAUGGAAACUCUGCCCUGAGAUCUCCUCCAUCCCGGCUCCCGUUCUUCCAUGAAAGAGGGAGUAUAAAUACAUAGGUGUUCA